AUUCGAUAUUCUGAAAUCAGUUUUCAAUCACAAGAUCCAUUAUUAUCGGAGAGGAGAAGUUUCCACCACCUUCACUACCGUCCCACUGAUCUCAGAUCGUCGUCUCCAACAAGAAAAUAUGAAUUCUCAUGGUAAGAGUAAGAGAGAUAGACAUGGAAGGCAUAAGAAGCAGAGAGAUGAAUCCAUUGAUUUGAACUCAUCGGACGAAAUCAAGGAGUAUAUGGCCAAAAGAGCUCUGAAGAAGGCAUUAAGUGCUUCAAAGAAACUGAAGAGACAGUCAGUUUUUGGGUACUCCAAUGAUUCAAACCCUUUUGGUGAUUCGAACCUAGCCGAGACUUUCGUGUGGCGGAAGAAGAUUGAAAAAGAUAUACAUCAUGGAGCAUCACUGGAUAAAUUCUCUGUUAAAGCUGAGAGGAGAAGACUUAGAGAAACGAUGGCAGAAGUUGAAAAUUUUAAGAAGAGAAGAGAAGAGACAGCAGAAGAGAGAGCUCGACAUGAGGAAGAUAUGGCGUUAUUGGCUAGAGAACGUGCUCGAGCUGAGUUUCAAGAUUCGGAGAAGAAAGAAGAAGAGUUUAAUUUCGAACAAAGCAAGGUUAGGUCAAAGAUUAGAUUACUUGAAGGUCGAGCAAAGCCAAUUGAUGUUCUUUAUAAGUAUGUGGAUGAUAUGGAUAUCGAGCUCAUCAGUGAACCUUACAUGGUUUUCAAGGGACUUAAUGUUAAAGAUAUGGAAGAGCUUCAUAAUGAUAUCAAAAUGUAUCUGGAUUGGGAUCGAGCAACUCCAACACGGGUACAGUAUUGGGAGGCGCUUAUUGUGUUAUGCGAAUGGGAGUUAGCUGAAGGUCGUAAAAGGGAUGCCCUAGAUCCAGCUAGGGUUAGAGAGGAGGAAUUUCUUGCUGCUCAAGAAAGAGGACUACACGCUGGUGUUGAAGCUGAUGUGAGAGAACUUCUUGAUGGGAAGACUCACGCGGAGCUUGUACAACUGCAGUUUGACAUCGAAUCGCAGCUGCGUUCUGGAGUAGCCAAAGUAGUGGAGUAUUGGGAAGCGGUUCUUAGACGCAUCCAUAUAUACAAGGCAAAAGCUUGCUUGAAGGAAAUAAACGCUGAGAUACUCAAGAGACAUCAACAUCGCCUCGAGCAACUUUCAGAUGUACAAUUUAAUCAUGUGGUGGAUGAAAAUGAGGAGGAGGUAAUAAACGGCAUGAAUCUUUCAGAUGAUGAAGAUAUAUUCACACAAGAAGAGGCUGGUUCGUUUUCACCAGAGCUGAUGCACGGUGAUUAUCGUGAAGAAGCAAUCGAUCCCGAGGAAGACAAGACCCUACUGGAGAUGGAACGGAUGAUUGUGUUGGAGGAACAGAGGAAGCGGCUUAGAGAAGAUAACUUGGAGCUUAAGGCAAUGAAAACAAUGGAGGAAGGUGAUGUUGUAUUUGGCUCUAAUGCUGAAGUGAACCUUGAUUCCAAGGUAUACAAGUGGCAUGACAAGUACCGGCCUAGAAAACCCAAGUAUUUCAACCAAGUUCACACGGGUUACGAGUGGAAUAAGUAUAACCAAACACACUAUGAUCACGAUAACCCCCCUCCAAAAUUUGUUCAAGGGUACAAGUUUAACAUCUUCUACCCGGAUUUAGUAGACGACACUGAGGUUCCCACUUGCACUAUAGAAAAAGAUGGGACAAGCUCUGAAACUUGUAUAAUCCGGUUCGAAGCUGGUCCGCCUUAUGAAGACAUUGCGUUCCGGAUUGUGAAUAAGGAAUGGGAGAAAUCUCGUAAGAAAGGUUACAAAUACACGUUCGAGCAUGGGAUUCUACACUUGUACUUCAACUUUAAACGACUUCGGUACAGACGGUAAACUGAUCGGAGUUUGGCUAGAGAACACAAAACAGGCAAGUAUAAGACUUUGGCUGGUGUUUUAUUAAUCAUUGAUCGCAGCUAAAUGAAAUGCGUUUUGUGCC